UCAAUUAUUCACUUUCAAUAUUUAAACUGAUUUCGUCCGACAUCUCUCAAUCUAAAUCCCAAAAAUCAAUCUACUGCCGCGAACUCAAUGGAGACGACGGCUCCGGCGACGUUGGAACGGCGAGUUGGCACAGAAUUAUCAGAGUCAAUGCUUGGGGACAAACUGGUACUAAAAGGGUUGAAAUUUUACGGAUUCCAUGGAGCGAUUCCUGAAGAGACGACACUGGGGCAGAUGUUUCUUGUUGACAUUGAUGCUUGUACCAGUCUGAAAAAGGCUGGUGUAUCAGACGACUUAGCAGAUACAAUCAGCUAUGUCGACAUUUUCAGCAUAGCUAAGGAAGCUGUUGAAGGAUCAUCAAGAAACCUUCUAGAGGCAGUCGCGGAACUCAUCGCCACCAAAACGCUUGACAAAUUCCCUCAGGUAACCGCUGUUCGAGUGAAGCUCGUGAAGCCAAAUGUUGCACUUAUUAAGAGCACUAUCGAUUACUUAGGUGUCGAGAUAUUCAGACAGCAACGCAAGCACUAGUUCAAUUAAACCUGAACAACCCUCAAAAACUUUGUCGGGAUAAUAAAGUUUAUUACUCUAUCCAUGUGUAUCUUUUUCAUAUCAUCUUCAUGUAUAUCUAAAAGCUUUGAACCAUGUCAUGAGCUGAUUUAGAUGUUUCUCUUUUUUUUUUUUUCUUUUUUUAUUAAUGCUCUUUCGGAAUCAUAGAUUGUCUAUUGGGAUUGGUCUGUUCUUUUCCUAUGUCACAAGAGAUUAUGUUCUUUGUGUGUUGUUAAGUAAUAAAAUCAUUGCGCACAUUUGGGAUCA